AGAGAAUAUAACCAUCACUGCACAGGAUGGAUAUUAUCAACAAAAUGUGGUUUUCUUUGACUUUGCUCCUCCUGGCUGCAUGGGCCUGUCUGGCAGAUGUGACUCACGCUGAAGACAAGAUGAAACGCUCUGUGUCGGCCUCCAGGUUAGCAUCGCUCCGUUCAAGGCGAAUGGUUGGGGGGAAGUUGGCUCCUCAUGUGCCCUGGCAGGUCAUGGUCUACAUCGCUGACAGCGUGCUGGACGGAGGCUAUGCAGGUGGUGCUCUCAUCUCCGACCGCUGGGUUUUGACUGCUGGCAGGAACCUUUUUGUCAGGAAAAGUCGACAGGACAUCCAGGGAAAAGAUCCCGUCAUUCCUAAAGUGUACUUGGGAAUCUCACGACGGGCAGAAGCAGAUGCCUCCAAAGAGGCUGCUGUGGAGAGGAUUGUUCUCCAUCCAGGCUUCCAGAACCAGUCUGACUGGGACAACGACCUCGCUCUGAUCCAGCUCAAGGAGCCAGUGGUUAUGAGCCAUAAAGUGACCCCCAUCCCCCUGCCAGAGGGAGGCCAGGACCUGGCAGACAUCGUGAGAGGGUCAGGGGUCAUCACCGGCUGGGGCUGGGGGAUCCUCCUCAGCCCUGCUACAUCACUCAAACACCUCGUUCUGCCCCUGGCCAAUCACUCUCUCUGUAAGGCAGAAUACAAACAGAUUCCGCUCACACCGACCGUAGACGACAACAUGUUCUGCACCGGACCUACUGAGUAUCAAGAAAAUGUUUGCUUCGGUGAUGCAGGAGGCGCUCUGGCUGUCACAGAUGCUGAAACUGGGGACAUUUACGCUGCAGGGAUCCUUUCCUAUGACAAGUCCUGCAACAGGUACAACUACGGAGUCUAUAUGAAGAUUUCCUCAUAUUUACCCUGGAUCCACAGUGUGAUCAGAGGAGAUACAGAGAAAUCCUCUGCUUUGCGCUCUGAUGCAAUGUCUAAGAUGUACUCAAGGUAGCUGUAGAGCUUCAGGCUCUGUUCUUUUGUUUUUGUAGAGAAAUAAUUGUAAUAUAUUAAUCAGUGAAUUGUAAUGUAAUGUAACCACAUCAGUGUCACUUCAUUGUUGUGAUUAGAAAGGACAAAAUACACUUAUUGGAUGGAUUCUAGUCAAUAAAUCCAGUAUUUGUUAACCUCGUUUUGAAACGUUAUUAUCUUUUGUUUCAGCA